AUGACGGAGAAAAACCUACCUCAACUCCCGUACGAAAUAUAUGGUCUAAUUCUCUAUUUCUGUGAUAAACCCAACCUCAAGAAGGCCUCACUCGUCAAUCGCUCCUUCUACGAGAUAUCCCAUCUGUACCUCUUUCGGUCUAUGCUUGUCGGUGAAAGAAUCACCGUUCGUGAUUCCGUUAAAGACGCCUCGGAAUUUCUCAAGCCCACAAAAAUAUUGUCACUCAUUGAAGCACACCCAAAUAUCGCGAAGUACGUGCGGAGCCUGACCAUUGAUUGUUCUCGGGAAUAUCACAAUGAAUGUUGGAUCACGGACGACACUACGAUGCAGGAUCUCCUACCUCGCUUUGAAGAAUUGGAGGAAAUUACAAUUUAUGCGCAAACAAUGACGCUGUGGGAAUCCCUUCCUUCCAAUUUUCAACAUGCUUUAAAAACCGUCUUCCGCAAGAGCCAAUUGCACACAUUUCAUAUUCAUGGCAUUUUGGGAUUUCCUCUUGAAGUUGUAUCAGCAUCGCGGAUCAGACAUCUCUCUUACAAUGUUGGUGCACCUCGCUCCGAUGGUACAUCGACUUUGCCACCACAUCCCUUGGAAUCACUGAUUCUGGGCAGACUAUACUACUUCGAUUUACCCCAAUUUCAGACCAUUUUUUCGUUGGACCACCUUGUUGAGCUACACCUCACGAUCCAAUGUUCAGCGGAUAUCGGCAAGUUUGAUCCUAUUCUUGGACUUUCCGCAGCUUCAUUGGAGGUGCUCACCAUUCGCGCUCUAUUGAACUUCGACCCUGUAGAAAUCGCCUACGAGCACAUUGGCCGGGUGCUUAAUGCCCAUCAAAAUGUCCCUUGUAUAAACUUGGGUCAAUUGCAAAAGCUCCGCAGACUGAUUUUCUGCGCCGAUCUGCAUAUUACCUGCUCUCGGGAAGCCAUGCUAUAUAUUUGUCGCAUACCAUGGAUGAUCGGGUGUCUCGAAACGCUUUCAACUUCGUCAGUCGGCUCUCUGUCAGAGGUCACCUUCAAUGUGAGGCCAGUCGGACUGGGGUUGGAGCGCGAUUCGAGAUACUUUUACUUCAAUUAUCCAUGGCAGGACUUAGCGGACACGCUUCUUUCCUCAAAUCUCGCCACUGUGAAGAAGGUCAAUCUGACCAUCAAUAAUGCUGCUAUCCAAUCCCAUCGUGAACAAUUCAUGGACAUUUUGCGACGCGAUUUGCAUCUGGCGAGACUUCGCGACGCUGGAAUAUUGAGCAUUGACGCGGUGCAGGACUGGGAAUAUUGA